UAUGUUCACCAUCUAAAGUUACUACUACGGGAUCAGAGCGUCAAUAUUUCAGACGGCCAUUAAAUGCAGCAUAACAUCUGCCAGGGACUUGGACGCGUUUGGGACGAUCCUGUGAGGCAGGACCCGCCCUCCUCCUCCUCCUCCUCAUCAUCAUCAUCCUCCUCCUCUUCCUUCUGCACUUGUCAAAGGCCACUGAUCGCAAAUUACAUCACAGUUGUGCCCUCAGACGCACACGCUUAUGACACCGAGACAACGUGCCAGACAGGAUAUUUUUUUAAAACUUACCUUUUUUUUUCUAAUUAGAUGCCACAAUGUUGCCUUUCAAGAGAACUUUUGAGAGCGAGAAAAACCAGCUGCAAGAGCUCAACAGCAGACUGGCCCAGUAUCUCUCCAGAACGAAACAACUGGAGCAGGAAAAUGCGCAUCUCAUCACCGAGAUAAAUAAACUCAGACAAGCGAAGGUGGUGGUGCGGGAGCCGAAGUACAAAGAAGAGAUGCGGGACCUGAGGAGAAUGGUGGGACAGCUGUCGUUUGAAAAGUCCCAGGCUGAGAUGGAGAAGGAGAAGCUAUGGCGGGAGUUGCAGAUGGUCCGGUCACUGUGCAGCGAGCAGACCGAUGUGUGCAAGGACAUCAACGACGAGCUGAAAGGCUGCGGGACGGAGCUUCACCACGCUCACCAGAUCAACACAGAACUCCAGGAGCGACUAUUUGAACUGGAGAACGAGUAUAAAAGCUUAGAAGAUGCGCACAGGCAAGAAAUGGAACAUCUCCGGCGUCAGGUGGAGUCCCGGGUGGUGCCCAUCAUUACGCAAACUUACCGCGGGCCUCCGGCGGCCUCUAUGGAAGAGGUGCAAGAGUACGCCCGCGGUAUGUCCGAAGGAUGGAUGGAGACCUUUGAAAUGUACCAGCAGAAGGUGGAGGAGAUGGAGCAGUCAAUUAAAGCGGACAGGGAGAAGCUGAGCGAUCUACAGAGGGAAAAGAUGCUGUACGCCUCGGAGUUGGACAAAUUACGCACGGAGGCGGAAAACCAAGGCCAGGUUCAAUUACAUCUUGAAGAACAACUGAUGCACAUGCAGGAAAAAUUCAGGAUGGACUGCAGUGAAUAUCAGAUGAUUAUUGAGCAGCUGGAGCACGAGAGGAACAUGAUGGCUGACACUAUUGAAGAAAAGAUGCGAGAGCACCAGCACCUUCUCCAGGUGAAGAUGGAUCUGGGCAUGGAGGUGGCUGCCUAUAGGGCCCUUCUGGAAGGUGAGCGAGUGAGUCUGCAAGAUGCUCAUAGAAGGGUGAAUCAACAUCAACGAGAAAGAGUAAUAGAUAUCAGGAUGCCUGCCCAGCCCUACACAGUAAGAGCUUCGACUCUAACCACAAGACAGCAUAUGGAUAUCAGGUACACGCCACCAGCUUCAAAUGUGAGAAGAUCCCCUGUGCCUCCUUCUGGGUCCAUAAGUCCCUCUAGGAUCAUCCCAAUUUCAGUUGCAGGCAGAGCUCGACAUGAGAGUCCUGCAUCCAGAAGGGACAUGAUCUCGUUCACCAAAGCUCGGGCUGCCGCUUCUGCCCCUGCUACCACCACUGCCACUACUGCCAAAGAUAAUCAAAUAAACCAGAGAGGAACCCAAAUGAGUCAAAAUGAGCAAAAAACAACAGAUGUUGAAAAAACUGUAAAAAUCAAACAGGUCUCUCGAGCAGAGAACCAAGUCAGUCCCAUUAAAUCCACCACUACUGAAGCCAGAUCAGUGAAAGUGGUGUCACCGCCAAUGAUGAGCCUGAGCAUGAAAACAGAAAGUGAAAAGCAAGUGUCAAGUGAAAAAGACAAAGAUAAUAUUUAUGGAGGCAAGUUCGAAGAUGAGGGGAAAGCAGAGUCUAUGAUAGGCCCAAGUGAGAAAAAGAUUUUAGAUUCUGUGUCUGUAGAGGAGAUUAUUGAGAAAGUGAUAAAACCAGCCGGUUUGGAAGCUAAGGUUUGCUCCUCAGGAGAAUCAAAGGUAAGGUAUCAUGUGGAGAAAACUGAGCAAGAGGAUGGCACAACCAAGACACAGAUUGUGCUGGAGUCCAAAGUAGAGGAAGAUCUAGAUAUUUCUAAAGACUCAGCACUGGAUGAACUAUUGAGCCAAGGGGUUAAGAAGGUGUCACUGGAAGACAUCAAGGACACAGCAACAGGAAGCAUGAUAAAGAACCUGCUAAGUGGCCUGCAGGGAGGUGACACCCUGGAAAAGAAGUCUGUCAAUGUGGAAAUCAUUGAGGAACCAAUAGAGUCUUUCAGUGAUGAGGAGCUUGAGGUUGAACAGAAAUCCAGAUCUAGUUUUUACGAGCCUUCCUCAACAUAUUUCCAGAUUGAGGAGCUGGAAAAUGUCCCUCAUGAUGCUCAGUUUCAGAAGAGUGAUGGUGAUGCCAUAAAAACAUCCAUGUCAGAUACAGAUUACAGCAAGGGUCGAUCUGUAGAAGUUCACGAGGUUUCUAGAGAGAGUGAAUCUUCAUAUUCACCUCACGAGUAUUUUGUCUCCACACCAGAUGAUAAUCUUUCUGAACCUGAAGAGGGUGGUGCCAUUACUUCAUAUGGCCAUUAUGGUAUAUUAGAUGACCUGUCAGAUGAGAGGUAUUAUCAAGAUGAAGGUCUUCCACCGCAAAGAGUGAUUGUAGAAGAAAGUGAUGAAUACAAGUACAUGUCAGGUGAUCACUCGUUUGCCAAAGACAGUUUCCCAGAGUGCAUCAUCGAAGAAGAGGUUCGUGUCUCCCCAAUAGUACAGGAGUCAGUGCUCGAGUUCCUAAGAGAGGACUCUUUGGAGCCCAAAGAGCAGCUGAAAGGAGCUCUAGAGAAGCUACAAAGCUCAGUUUCAGGUCCACUGAGGGAGGAGUUGGCUUUCCUCACAAGAGUGAGUAGUGAAAGUCCCCAGAAUGUGUCUGUCGAUGUCAAAAAGGUGCAGCAGUCAAGUGAGGAUGGCACCAUGACUAUAGUUGCAGAGCUGAACGUUUCUCAAACCCUGGAAGAAUCCGGACUGCUGGACGCAGAUGAUCUGUCUGAAGAGCAAAUCCUGGAAACCCUCAGAUCUUCUAACCUAGGGCUUGAGAAAGCCUUUCAGGGUGGGGUAGGAGGAGGAUACAGCUUCAGAAUCUCCAAAGAAGAGGAUGAUGCAUAUGGUGAAGAGUUUGAAGGCUUCACCAAUGAAGGAGCAUCUGUGUCUGAAAUCACUGAGAAACACAUUCAACUGGGGCCAUCAGAGAAGUCCUUCACUUUCCAGAUGGAUUCACAGGGCAGCCGUGCUGAGGUGGAAUCAGAGCAUGAGAAAAAGAUUGCAACACUUUUCCUUGAAAGACCAACAGAUGAUUAAAAAGAAUUGAGUCAGAAAUAUUUUCAGACUCAGCGCUUGCCAAUGUCACUUGUUGAGGUGCACAUACAAAAAUUGGUCUGACUUUGCAGUCCACACAUCUAUUAUAUCCAUUGAUUGUACUUUUACUGUAACUACUUAAGCAUGUAACCUAAAACCUGUAACCAAAUGAAACUUAUUAUUCAGUUAAAAUUACCAGAUAUAGAUAUUUUUAUGGUAUGAAUUGUGGCAGUAGAGCUAUUAAAGCUUUAGUUAGACUGUAAUAUCCACAUAUUGUAAGUUUUAUGUUGGUCAGUACUGAUGGAGUGCUGCGCUGCAUGUGUUAAACUUUUUAGAGCUUACAUCUACAAAGAGGUUUGUUUAUUCUUUCUAGAUUUCUCUAUUUUUGUACUAACUUGCGCAAACACCCCAUUCUGCAGGUUACAGCACGUGAUCACACCAUGGUUGAACCUGCCAUGUUGUUGAGUGUACUUGGUUUAGAUUUUAUGAGUUCUGAGGUGCUGUGCACUAUUGGCAGAUUUGGACUUUAGUUUUUCUUUUGACUUGGGCACUGCUGCCAAUUGGAGUGGAUUUUAGUACAUACUGCAUCCUAGAACACAAUAGUUUAUUUCAAGCAGUAGUCAGUGAAGUGUACAGAGUAAAGAUAAGCUUGUAGGAUGAGGAUGUAGGUGGAUGUCCUAUAGUGGGAGUGGAGAAAAAGGUGAUAAUUUGACUUAAGAAAGAGAAGCUUUAAAUGCUGUUAUCGAGGUGUAGUGCAAGUAAAUGUGACACUUAAAAGUGGUUAAGUAACUAACAAAGUUAGGUAUUUACACAUUAUUUACUUUACACAUUUUGUUUAGAAAAAAAGAAUGACCUAUUAUAUAACCAAAGCCGGGCUUCAUGGUCAAUGUAACUGAUGUGAAACAUGUUUGUAAAAUGUGUAUCUUUACUUGGUAUGUGGUAUGGUAUAUUUCCAACUUCCCUACAGUCAACAUUUUGAUCUGAAAAAAGUGUAUUAGGGAGGCGGAAGAUCAAAAUGGUGAAUUAUACCAUUAAGACUAAAAGGGGCUGUCAAAGCAAAUAGCAGGAUGAAAGAAUGGGAAGAAGAAGCAGAACCUUUUUUUAUCUAAAUCUUUUAGAUUUAGUGAUUGCUAUGUCAAAGAAAAUAUAAUCACGUCUGGUUUUGAUGUACUGCAUGUCUUGUCUGGUCGUCUUUUGUUGGUUAUCACAGUGUUGGCUUAAAGGAUUCACCUUUGCUCUAACAGAAGUGUGUUUUCAUGACCGUGACUAUUUUUGGAACACCAGCUUAGUGGUGUGGACUGUUUGUUACGAUUUGUUGUUUACUAGUUGCAGAGGCAGAAAUGGUCCACUAUAAUUAGUCUGGUUACAUGUUUUGCACACUUUUUGAAGUGGCUGCAAGCUUUACACUGUGUAACUAUUAAGCAAUAUCUUCCCAACUUAUCUUCAUGUCUAGCAAUAAUGCUUGUUGUUUGUUAUGAAUCCAUAAAAAUAAAACCUCAAUUAAAAAUGAUUUGUUGCAAAAUAAGUGCCCAUAUGCAAGAUAUUUUCAUACAUGAUCUCAUCUGCAAAAUGUAGAAAAAAAAACAUUCAUUAGUGCAUUAAAUUGUAGUUCUUUAAUCUUUGUUAAGUUACUGUGUAUGUAUGUACAAAAUGUAAUCUGGAUACCAUGUGCCAUUUUAUUAGCAUAAACAGAAAAUCUAUUGAUGUAUAAAGAAUGUUUGUUUGUCACCACGGAUAGCCCGACAUAUUUGCUUUUAUUGACAUAAUGAUUUCUAAUGACCAUGAAUGGCUUUUUAGCUUCAGUUAAAAGGGUUCCAGCCCUUAUUUGGAAAUUGAUUGAUAUCUUAAAACAAUUAAAACCUAAUGUGGGUAUAUUA